UCCGAUGCACACUUUGCAAGACUAGAGAGAAAUUGCUUUGCAAGCUAGCUUGCUAGCAGCCUGAACAACAAAUUUGCUUUCAGCUGGACGUUCGCACUGAAAAUACGGCUGUCACUACAGCGACAAGGUAGCACAUGCCCACGUAUUGGCAAACAAGAGAUGGAGAACGGAAAGAUGCAGUUCUCUGCGCCAGUGAGCAGAGACAGGGUCAUAUCCAAGUUUCCUAAGUGGUACACCCCUCAGGCCUGUCUGCAGACCAAGGACCACUGGCACGUCCGCGUGAAGACAGCCUGCAAGGACCGAGCCCCCUGGAGCCUGGGAAUGAAGAUGUCUAAAGUGGUGGUGGUGGGAGACCUGUACGUUGGCAAGACGUGUCUAAUUAACAGGUUCUGUAAGGACCUGUUCGACAGGGACUACAAGGCCACCAUAGGCGUGGACUUUGAGAUCGAGAGGUUUCAGCUGCUGGGCUUUCCCUACUCUCUACAGAUCUGGGACACAGCCGGACAGGAGAAAUUCAAAUGCAUCGCCUCCACCUACUACAGAGGAGCUCAGAUCAUCAUCAUCGUCUUCGACCUGGCUGACAUCCGGACUCUGGAGCACACGCGGCAGUGGCUGGUGGAGGCGAUGAAGGAGAACGAGCCGCGGUCUUGUAGCGUGUUCCUCAUCGGCGCCAAGAGAGACCUGCUGGCGUCCGCAGAAUGCCAGAGGGUCGAGAGAGACGCCAUCAAGAUGGCGGCCGACAUGCGGGCUGAGUUCUGGUCCGUCUCGUCCAAAACAGGGGAGAACGUGCAGGAGUGUUUCUCUCGCGUGGCGGCCGUGGCCUUUGAGGACAGCAUGCUGCAGGCCCUGCAGGGAGGCGUGCCCUCACACAUAGGCUCCAGUGACCUCAUCAAGAUCGACCGUGGCACAGCGGGGGACCCCCGGGCUGCAGAUGAGAACAGGUUGACCUGCUGUUAGAGGACCGGAGAGAGAGACCGAAGGAAGAGGAGCAAGGAGGAGGAAGAGAAAGAGCCGCCGAGGUGAAGGAGGGCCCCAACCCGUGGAUCAGCUGGUGUCUCCCUGCCCCAGAAAGCACCUGCCAUCGCUGGGCUGGAUUCAGUCCAACUUUAACACCCUCCCCUUCCCUCCAGUGAACCGGCUUUUGACUAAAUUUGUUUAUGUGCAACACGCAAACUUAACAGUUGUUCUGCAAGGGAGGACAGACAAGGAGCAAGGAACAACCAAAGACUGAACUGAAUGGUCCACACAGCCCAGAUAGGAAGUGCUACCCCAUCGUAACCUCUGCUUCAUGUGCAAGUAUUUCUUCCUGUAGGAUGACUUUGGAAGGUUCCUGAAUAAUUCAUAACAACCACCCUAAAUUAUUUUGACUGAUGAUAAAAAUACACUAGCCAGGCUUAGCACCUUUAGUAUGGAUUUCUUAAAUCUAUCUGAUCAGUUCAAUUCUCACUCCAGUUCAAAUCUUAUCCCUCAGCAUGCGCGCUUAUGAAUUAUUCAGAAACCUCCCAAACUCAUCCUGUAAAAAAAAAAAAAAAGAAAUUGCCUCCUUGAUUCACUCCUCUUCUUCUUCUGUGUGGAGCAGUGCAUUGUGGGAUGCCCAUUCUUGCUGGGAGCUUGUUUUAUACCCUUCCUAGGAGGGAGGAGAAACGAGGGAGCAGGGGAAUAUCGCUCCCUCACCUUUCAUGAGUCAGAACUGAACCCCAGUUGCCGUGGCCCCCAUACUUCACCCUGGCAUCUGGGGGAUUCUCCCCUUACAGCGGGGGAAGGGAAGAAAGCAUGAACAUCACGGUCCACACGCAGCCCUGGAUCAAACAGAAGCUGCAACCCCCCCCCCCACCCUGCAGCUCACAAGCCCUACUGCCACCCUUCCUCAGUGUCUGUAGGCAUCUCUGCUUCCCAUUCCAUCAGCAGCCCGUUUAGGCUGCAGGAAUAUAGUGUGGAAUCUUCAGCCAGGCAGUGUCUUAGAAUAAGCUGGUAGAAUAAAGCGGGGACAUGCACUGAAACACCAUGCAGACGCCGUGGCCCUCCAGAUUCCAGUUUGAGACCCCUGACACAGGGAGGGAAGUAUUUCCACUCCUGGUGGGGUGGUUCUUGUAUUAAUCACUGAUGUUUCCUUUAACAUGUCGAGCAAUCUUGUGUAUGCACAUUUGCGAAGUGGAAUAUUUUUAAAUAUGCAUACAAUUAAAAAAAUGUCAUGUUCAUUUAUGAAUUAUGAUAAAGUAUAUGCACAUUCAAACGCA